AUGAAAGACUCUGCUCUACUUGCUGCACUUGCAGACUGUCACAAAAGUACCCCACCAAACCGCCCCAACUUCUCGGAAAUUGCUCGACAACACCAGAUCAAUCGCCGUACCCUUCAGCGCAACUAUGAUUCCUCCUUGCAACCUCAACUUGUCUCUGUUGACCACCGAGCUCUUCUCACAGAAGCCCAAGAACAGGUGCUACUAGAGCAUGUGGAAAGCUUGGGGAAAAGACACCUCUAUCCAACACCAGCAAUCCUCCGGAACAUGGCUGCCGAGAUCAUUAAUCACCGACCAAGUGCUAGUUGGGCUAGCAAGUUCAUCAAGAAGCAUGAAGGGAGGGUAAAGUGUAUGGUCAUUGGAGGAAUGGAGGCUUCCCGUCAUGCUGCAGAGUACAGGCCAGCGUUUGAGGAUUAUUUUGACCAAUUGGAAUCUAGGUGUGAUGAUCUUAACAUUGGGCCAACUGCUAUAUACAAUAUGGAUGAGAAGGGAUUUAUGAUGGGAAGGCCAAACAAGCAGCACAGAGUUGUGCCAGUGGAGGAGGCAAAUAGGGAAGGGGGACCACUGUCCCGGGUGGAUGGAAGUCGAGAGUGGCCAUUAUCUGUCACGAACUACGUCGUGACACCUCGAUUACUCCACCAACAAUGA